AUGAGUCAUUCUGCAUACCAAAUACAAGAUGGUCAAAAUGGAACAGUCACUCAAACAUGUACAAUUGACAUAGAAAAAGAGGCAGAUCUUCACAUUCACAGCACAGUGCCAGCCCAGACGGAUUCUGCCAUAAAAGAGCAUGUUAAACUUUUAGAAACAGUUACUAAUACGACAGAGACUAAUCAAGCAAUAAUAACUCCAAAAAAACAAGUGUUACAGAAAGAAAAAGAGAAUUCCAAUUGUGGAAUUUACUUACUAGCACUAGCUAUGCUUUUACUAACAUCACUUUCAUUUGCAGCACUUGAAAAAAAGCACUUCAUUUUCUAAAUUAGAAAUGCCCAGAAUUUUCAAUUAAUUAGCUAAUAAUUUAGGGGUUUAAUAAAAACGGAGUCUAUUCUGGCUUAAAUCAUCUAUAUAAUAUAUAAUUUAAGCAGAUACCAUAUGGAGA